CCGGUAGCAUAGAAGAUGGCAUUGAAAUAGUUAUAGUCGGUUUAGUUGCACUAGUGCUGUUGGCCUGUACAGACAGUUAGUACCUAACAUCCCAAGUCUAGACGAGGGUCCAGAGGGAAUUCUCGAAGGUCAUAUUGAUAGGAAGUGCAAUGAUGUAUUUCCCGUGGGUAAGCUUAAUUAUGAUAGUAGUGACGGCUACUGCAUCGGCAGAACCCUUUAAACCCUUCGAAUGCGUAGGGGAAAUGGAUAUCAACAGCACCGAGGCUGCUUUGAAAAGUACAUUAUUUUGUAGUACAAGCUAUAAUCCUCGGUAUCGACCAGUCAAGUAUCAACAGGACCGCCUAGCAAUGUAUAUUGGUGCUGAAGUGAUCAAUGUAGAGCGAACGCGGCAUGACGAAACAAAACUGGAAGUAACAUUAGAACUAUUGAUGCAAUGGUAUGAUGCUUUUUUACAUUGGAACAAACGAUCCAUUGACAAUAUCGAAACCAUUAACGUUUCGGAACACAACCUGUGGACACCAACGUUUGCAGUUAAAUCUUUCCAAAAAUCAACACGUGUUCAGAGUACAAAACAAUGUUCUAACGUUAAAUGUCACCUCAGCUAUGAUGGAGAAGUGAUCUAUUCCGUUCUAUGUACGUUUGUAGUGGAUUGUUAUGCUGAACCACGAUAUUGGGCCUUUGAUACAAAGAUCUGCACGCUACGUAUCUACUCUUCCGAGUACGAUACCAACCAGUUGUCACUGUUCCACUUUCAGCGUCGUCUAUCAUAUCCUAGCUACCCAUUGCUGCCGUACAAAAUUACUUCAUUCCAGAUGGCCACAGUCAAUAGUACAAUGAGUCCUGAGUUUCGCAUGGACAUAGCCAUCGAACGGAUGAUCGGAUCACAUCUUGUAGUAUUCAUUAUGUUGAUUAUGCUUCUUGUUCUGUUCAAUCUUCUUACUCCUUGGAUAUGGAUUAUGUCGAGUGCUCGAGCCAUUACAUGCAUAUUAACCGUUGUCUCGCAUAUUCUUUACAUGAUGCUGCUCUAUUGGUACGGCUCAAUGAAGAUGAAGCCGGUCCUUUCGCUUGCACAUAUGUUGCUCUGUUCAUUCCUUUUGGCAGUUUUUAUUUCUGCCUGGACAUAUUAUGCCAGGUCUCAGAAUAAUCGAUUCGAACCAACAAUUUUGCAGCAACGUGGAUUAAUUCAUUUUGUGUGCAUGUUAAGAAAAAAUCGACUUCUUAGUGUGGUUCUAUCUGUUGGAUACUUCAAUCACUGUAGCAAACAGAUCGAGCAGCUCUCACGUGAUUGGGACGAGGCUCGCACCGAUAAUACUGGAGAAUAUUCGUCGAGAGUCCAUCAAGUGAACGAUACUGAUGAUACUGAUGAACACAACACGGGUGGGGAUCAGCGGGUCAUCGAGUUGAAUUUACUAAUGCAAGCGUUCGAUCGAAUUUUGUUUUGUACUAUGAUAACUGCCUAUACGAUAUUAUUUUUCAUUUAUGCUAUCUAAUUGCGAGUAGAACCAAUCGUGUUCAAAAUACGAGUAGCAUAAGUAAAGGAAGAAAGAGCGCAUAACAAUAUAAACAAUUUAGAAUUUUCCCAAACAUAUAACCCCCAUACGAGAUAUUUAAAAUUAAUUACUUCCAGAACCUAAGAAUAGUGUUCAAUCCUGUUCGAAAAUCAUAUCAAUUCUCUGAUUUUAAGGUUGAGUCAAGGCAAGUUAAUAAAAAAAAAAAUCUGUACCAUGGCUGUUUACCGUCCCAGAGUAUUAAACAACAAAAACUACAAAAUGCAUGUUACAUUAAUAUUUUUUA